UCGCGCACGCGCAGCAGAUUGACUUGUGCUGUAAACCUUAAAAUCGGACAGGGAAUGCGGAUAACCACGCUCAAAUGGGAAAAUAUGUUUAACGAAUGUUCGCAAUGAAUAAUAAUUCACAUAUUAAUUCUGUCAGUCUUUUCGGUAUAGAAUAUUACAUUAAUGGUCGCGAGUGAUUCUUAUUUUUGCAUCAGUGGAAAAAGUUUUAACGGUAGUCUGUUACGUAGCCAGUUAGCAAACACGAAUGCAAAAAUUGCAUUUGGAUUAGCUAUUUAGCUAGCUUCUGCAAAUGUCAAGUGUAGUAUGAUAUGAUUAUUUGCAUCUCUUCUUUAUUUAAUUCGUAUUUUAUGUUAUAGUUACCGUGUAACAUCAUUAUUUUUUACACGCAAGUUUCAUCGCUGCCCACGCUAUGCCUACACUUCCUCUGAACAAUUUAAAAGAACAGCUCGAGCGGCACAGCAGCGUAGCUGCCAGAAGCAAGUCUCUGGCCAAAGCAAAGUCUGGAUCUCACAAACUGCCAUCUUUUAUUGAUCACGCAAAAUGACCUGAACCUGUGACCUGCUCGUGUAGACACAGUGGCUUCGGGCGGAGUAAAUGAAUAAUAUUACUAACACUGCAAGGUCAUAUUGCUUUAAAAAGAAGUCUACACCAGACAGUGCCAAAGCUGAAGUUCCUCAAAAGCUUCUGUGCAAGGCCAAGACACAGACAUUCAACCCAGUAGCCAACCCAUUUGCAGUGAGCAAACCUAGCCUUGUUGAGCCAUCCAUCAGCAGAUUGCAAAAACCACGAAAUAAUAGAAUCACAGGCACCACUGCUGGAAAAGCUGUAGCAUUAGCUGAGGAUUACAUCUUGUCUGCUAUUCCCUUGGAUGACUGGGACCGCUAUGAUUUUGAAACUCCAGUCAAAGGAGAAGGAGCAGGGCCAGACAAAGAUCCGUCACCUAAAGGUGCUGGAGCACAGACCUGCAACACUGAGAAUGGAGACUUGCCAUUAGUACAUUCUUUUGGAACGUCAGAUGAAGCUUGCGUUGUUUCAACAGAAAUUCUUGCUGUUGAUCCUGGUGCCCAGUCAGGACAUACUGAUGGUGAAUCCCCCAUCAAUACAAUUGGUCGCCUAAUUUCAGUUAAACACAAGUUACUGCUAAGUGACAAAAGCAUUGCCACUGGCAUUAAGCCUACGGAUACAAUUGAGGGGAAUUGCAACUGUACAACAGGGUUUGAUGAUACCCUCUUCAGUGUUAUGGAGUCUAUUUGUUGUUUGAUGGACACAAUCCCUGAACAUGAGCUUGCAUCCCUUAGUUGUGGCACAGAAUUGCUUCUACUGAGGGCUCACAGGAAGCGCAUCAUCACUGGUGCUGCAUUGGUGGAAAAGCGGAAGUCAGAAGGAGGAACCAACCCUCACCCCAGAUCACUUCACAAAGCAAGUUCUGCUGUCACAAGCAAAGGCGACCAUUCAUCUAUACACGGUCAACUCAGUAAAUCCAAUGCUUCUGUUAUGUCCCAGGAUUACAACAAUUGUAUCUUUAAAGAUUCAGACUGCAUUAUCAGUGAUGUGAUUAAGGGAGAUGCCUGUAGCCUGAAUCCUUCCAUUAUACAUGCUGUGAAUCAACACAAGGGAAAGAUUUCAGGCUUGAACAAUGGUAAUGGAAACAUUCAAACAGGAGAAUGUUCCUUGAGUCUGUCCUUCAAUAAGUCAAAUGUUCAGACUGUGAAUCAAGAGAAAACAUUACAUUACAUCUCUCCUAAGAAUACAGUGGAGGUAGACAGAAAGAAUGUGGACAGCAAAGACACAUUAGUUGGUGGGGCUGGUUUACAGGAUCACAGGGAAUCAGAUGACAUGGGUGACUUCUGCAUAGGUGACUUUGACAUUGAUGACUUCAGUGAAAAUGAUAUGCCAGAUUAUUGUGAGGAACCUGCAGCUUUAUCUGUGUCUGGGAGUUCCAGUGCACUACCACAGCAAUUUUGUGAAGGAGGACACUCAAACUCCUGUGAUAAAAAGAGUGUUGCCAACCCUACUGCUGUUGUAAGGUCUACUAAACCAUGUUUCCCUGAGGUUACAUCCAGAAAUCCAGCACAUGGCUGUUUCUGGGGCUUCAACUUUCCCCACUCUCCAGAGAUGAUGAAGAUUUUCCACAAGAAGUUUGGUCUUCAUCAGUUCAGAUUCAAUCAGCUAGAAGCCAUUAAUGCUACUCUAUUGGGAGAGGACACAUUUGUGUUAAUGCCUACAGGUGGGGGUAAAAGCCUUUGCUAUCAGCUGCCUGCCUGUGUCUCUGCUGGAGUGACUGUGGUGAUAUCUCCACUUCGUUCCCUUAUUGUGGAUCAAGUUCAGAAGCUUACAACUUUAGAUGUCCCUGCCACUAGCUUGUCUGGGGAAAAAAGCGACUACGAGGCAGGACGAAUCUACAUGCAGCUUUCUAAGAACGAUCCAGUCAUCAAACUGCUUUAUGCCACUCCUGAAAAGAUCUGUGCAAGUGGGAGGAUGAUCAGUGCUCUGCAGAAUCUGUACGAACGAGGUCUGCUUGCUCGUUUUGUCAUCGAUGAGGCACAUUGUGUGAGCCAGUGGGGACAUGACUUCAGGCCAGACUAUAAGCGGAUGCAUGAACUGCGCCAGAAGUUUCCCAAAGUUCCUAUCAUGGCACUGACUGCCACAGCCACGCCUCGGGUCCAGAAGGACAUCCUUAACCAAUUGUCUAUGACUCGACCACAAGUAUUCUCUAUGAGUUUCAACAGGCACAACCUUAAAUAUUCUAUAGUACCUAAAAAACCCAAGAAAGUUGACGAGGACUGUAUUAGCUGGAUCAAGAAACACUAUCCAUAUGACUCAGGAAUUGUGUACUGUCUGUCACGGAAUGACUGUGACAGCAUGGCAGAUAGUUUUCAGAGGGCAGGCAUUGCAGCACUAGCAUACCACGCUGGGAUAAAUGACAGUGACCGAGAGUAUGUCCAAAACAAAUGGAUCAACCAGGAUGGUUGCCAAGUCAUAUGUGCCACCAUUGCAUUUGGCAUGGGCAUUGACAAGCCUGAUGUACGUUAUGUGAUCCAUGCCAGCUUACCCAAGUCAGUGGAGGGCUACUACCAAGAAUCAGGCAGAGCUGGCCGGGAUGGAGAAAUCUCCCACUGCAUUCUCUUCUAUUCUUACACAGAUGUAAUUCGCAUCAAACGACUAAUAGCCAUGGACAAAGAAGGCAACCACCAAUCCAAAGCCACUCACAUAAACAACCUGCACAGCAUGGUACAUUUCUGUGAAAAUGUGACUGAGUGUAGGAGGAUCCAGCUUCUUGCAUACUUCGGAGAGCACAAAUUUAAUACGGAUUUCUGCAAGCAGCAUCCAGAGGUCAUCUGUGACAACUGUGCCCGACCACAGCAAUACAGUGCAAGAAAUGUGACUGAGGAUGUGAAGAAGAUUGUGCGGUUCAUACAGGAAAAUUGUGAGAAGGUCGGUGGCAAACGUGUCAGAUCUUUCCAGCAAAGCAGACUCACUUUAAACAUGCUGGUUGACAUUUUUCUAGGCUUGAAAAGCGCCCGAAUCAAGUCAGGCAUGUAUGGGAUUGGAGCAGCGUACUCCAAACACAAUGCAGAAAGGCUCUUUAAGAAACUAGUGCUGGACCACAUUCUCAUGGAGGACCUGUACAUUACUAAUAAUGGACAAGCUGUGGCCUACAUAUCAGCUGGCCUUAAAGCCAUGGACGUCCUCAGUGGCAUCAUGCAGGUGAAUUUCCACGAGACUGAGAGUGCCUCUAGCAUUAGAAAGCAGAAAGCCACUGUGACUAAGAGUGUCUCUAAGAGGGAGGAAAUGGUGAAGAAAUGUCUGGAAGAGCUUAAUGAGCUGUGCAAAAAGCUUGGGAAAGUGUUUGGUCUUCAUUACUACAACAUCUUCUCCACAGCCACUCUAAAAAAGAUUGCUGAAACUCUGUCUGCUGACCCUGAGGUGCUAUUGCAAAUCGAUGGUGUGACUGAGGACAAACUGGUGAAGUAUGGAUCUGAGCUCAUUGAGCUACUGCAGAAAUAUUCAAAAUGGCAACUGACAGUUGAGGAGCAGGCUGAGGGCUCUCAUUCAAUUGAUUAUUAUAACGAAGAUGGAAGCAUGUCUGCCUACUUCAGGAGCAGCAAAGGUCAAGGAGAAAAGAGAAAAAAAACACAUUUAUCAAAGAACCCCAAAAGGCGCAGGGGUUACAACAACCAGAACUCUUCUAAACGUGGAAACUGGUCUUCAUCUAAAGGAAGAGACCUAGGUACAGAUCGAGUCUCUAAACAUGCUCCUUCAGCUCCAGCAAAGAGGAAACCUGGCUUCAUGGCCCUGCCCCUCCCUCAGAGUGUUGAGCGUCCAUUCCUCAGACCUACCUUCUCUCAAGUUGGCUGAGUCCAAAAGCACAGCAUUUUCUCUUUGAGCUAAACUGUGUGUAUUUUUGUAAAGUGUAUAUAUAUUCUGCUUUUUCUGCCUGUAUUUCUUAUUGUAUAUAUUAAGCCCUUAUUUUGUAUUUAGUUUGUGUUGAACUGUAUAGUUUAUGGAAACAACAGAUUUUUUUAUUUGCUUUUAUAUUACUUUUAGAAUUAAAGAAAUUUAAAAUAUUCCCUGAUACAAAUGAUUAACAAAUUUAGAACUUUGAUGCAAUGAUCAGUUCCAUUUAUUACCCAUUACUGUUUUACACAUUUUAGUGGUACAACUUCAAACUGAAAUAAACUUGAUUGGGAUUUUAUGCCAUGAAUCUACACAAAGUAACCAAUGAACCACUGAAGACUGUGGGGGGAUCAGUAUAGUUUGCAAAGGAUUUUUACAAAUAAAAAAUAUAUAUAUUCAA